UCUGGCACCCAGUGAAGACAGGUGACAACCGAUGAUAGCGAGAGUGACAGUAUGUGACAGACAAGAUGAAGGAAGAAAGACUCACAACUCUUCCCUCUAUACUCGCCGAGUAUAGCCAAGAAAUCAGUAAUGGAGAAGAAAGUUCUGUGAAGACCCAAGUCAAGCCAAAUGUUGGGAAAGAAAAUGCUGUGAAGUCACCGAAACCUGAGAGAUGUAAGAAAAAAUCUGUUGCUUCUAAGUCGGACCGGGCAGUGAGUGCCGGGGAGAGGCGACGAAGGCUUGAGACCAAGAGAGUGGAAGAUAAG